GUUUCCGCUCACGGUUACGUUUCUAGCAUCAUCGUUGAUGGCACCACCUACUCCGGUUACCCUGCUAGCUCCGCUCCCUACGAGAACCCUGCUGUCGACCGUAUCGCCUGGGCUGAGACUGCCACCGACAACGGUUUCGUUGCCCCUGAUGCCUACGCUACCAGCGACAUCAUCUGCCACCGUGGUUCUAGCAACGCCGCCUUGACUGCCACCGUCCCUGCUGGUGGUUCUAUCUCCAUGCUGUGGAGCACCUGGCCCGAGUCCCACAAGGGUCCCGUCAUCAACUACCUCGCUUCCUGCGGUGAUGACUGCUCCACUGUUGACAAGACCACCCUUGAGUUCUUCAAGUUCACCGAGAGCGGCCUGGUCUCCGGCACCGGCUCCACCGGCACCUGGGCCUCUGAUGAGUUGAUUGCCAACAAUUUCACCCAGACCUUCACCAUCCCUGAGUCUCUGAAGCCUGGCAACUACGUUCUCCGUCACGAGAUCAUUGCCCUCCACUCCGCCGAGCAGUCCGAUGGUGCCCAGAACUACCCCCAGUGCAUCAACAUUGAGGUCACUGGCAGCGGUAGCGACCUGCCCACCGGUACUCUCGGUGAGGCUCUGUACACUGAGAGCGACGCCGGUAUCCUCGUCAACAUCUACAAUGGUCUCAGCACCUACGAGAUCCCUGGUCCCGCCUUGGCCACC